AUGUUCAAACGCUCUUUUGCUCAAAAGGAUCGGGCGGGCAAGAUAACCAAACAACCGAAGAGGUCGUUUCGCGACACUGCCAAGCAGAAGAUGAUGUUCGAGAAGCUGGACAGUCCGCAGCUGGAGAGUGUCUCCCCCAACCUCACCAGCGCCAUAGUCACCAUCGUGAUUGGCCCGGACCAGCGACUGUUCGCCGCUCACGAAGACGUACUGAGUCACUCGCCGUUCUUUGCAGCGGCGCUGCGGGACCAGUUCUUCGAGAGCAAUUCUCGACGCAUCACUCUUCCCGACGAAGAAGCCGAAGUAUUCUCCUGCGUCCUCGAGUACCUCUACAAGGGGGAUUACUAUCCCCGCCUCAUGCACGACAAGAGGCGUAACACCUGGAUGCUCGAGGGGGCGGCCGACGAAGAUCCCCACUCUAAACUAGGUGGUCGCGGGAGUGUGGAGCCGACAAUCUUCCACUCCGGCCUGGGCGACGUUAUCCUCCGUGACACGGCCGUGUACUGCGCGGCGGACCGCUACGGCCUCGAAGAGCUUAAACGGCUCUCCCUGCGCAAGCAGGGCCUGCAGAGCGGGAUUGAGGUUGGCACCAUCCUCCGCAGUGCCCGGUACGCGUACGAGAACACGCCGGAUACCGACUCCCGCCUCCGCGCUCAUUACCUUGCUCUGAUUAUCCGCAGCCGGCGGACGUUCAAGCGCAGCGGCACGAUGCAGAUGGAAAUGGAGAUGGGCGGCAAAUUGUUCUUUGACCUAUUCGUGGCUAUGUGCAACCACAUUGAUGAUAUUGUGGAUGUGACGCAAGUGCCCCAUCUCUCUUAG